UUUUACAGUGCUGGCUGUGGAAGAACAGGAACAAUAUGCGUCAUAGACUACGUCAGGAAUGCUCUUCAAUUAGAGAAAAUAGACCAGAAUUUCAGCCUUUAUGACAUCAUUGUGGAGAUGAGGAAACAAAGACAUGCCAUCGUCCAAACAAGGAAUCAAUACGAGCUGGUGCACAGAGCAGUGGUUGACAUGUUCCAGGCGCAUCUUGGUAUUAAACCGGAUGAUUUUGGUCACAACUAUGAAAAUGUUCAACUCAAGCAUGAACGUUUUGACCAUGCCGAACAGCCAAGAAUGCCACCCAGGGUACCCGGACAGACAGGAGGAGCAGAGAAGAGAGACUCAGCGAGCCAUAAUUACGUCAACAUUAAUGUCUCAUCUACAGGGGCAGUAGAGUCUCCAGAGAUACCAAUGCCCAGAUUACCAUCUGGACCAACCAAAUCCUCUAAAGGCUCGGACAGCCCAGAUGGUACCAUCUAUGCCAACUGUGAUGUUCGUGCUGGAUCAGGAGACUUGGGCAAGCAAACACAAGAUGCUUCACAACCUAGUAGCAGCAAACAAACAUCACAGCCAAAGUCUCGACCUAGUCCUGAUGAUCGCUACAAAAACAACUUCAAGGCAACACUCUCUGCCUUUAAGGACUUUGAGUUGGACGUUGGACCACCUCAAACGUCCCCACCAUCACCGACUCCCCCAUCAUCACAAAGCAAACCCAAACCCACACAGGCAGUCAAGCUUGCUGCUCAGGGUAAACCACAGAUAGCUGGGAAACCCAAGACCAAACCUAGCCCACCUGUCAAACCAAGCUCAGUGGAUGUCAAUACAAAGCCAGGGUCUGAGAAACUAGGGAAUGGCGACUUUGUGAAAACAGUUGCCACCAGGCAAAAUUCCAAUCCCGUAGGAAAGCCAAUACAGGUUAAGGAUGCCUCUCAUUUAGCAGUUAAGAGGGAUGCACUUAAACUACCUAUGAAGCCAGCAAGGCUUUUAGAAAAGAGUAAAUCAGAAGGUGAUGGAAUGGGGUCGCCAGGGGUAAGACAAGGCCUGGGGAAGCCUUUCUUGAAAGGGGCUAAAGGAGAUCGUCCAGCACAACCACCUCCUAAACCACCUACAGCAAGCUCCAAACCACCUUUACAAAGAGCAAAUGGUGAAGAUAAGCCGAGUGGGAAGGGUAGACAUGAUUAUGAAGAAGUGCAUAUAAGUCCUCCAGCAGAUAAGGUUAAGGAAACUACAGAGUUAACAAGCAGCAAGAACCUUAGGGGUUCGCCCACGCAGCAGAUGGACUCUUUUGAUGCAAAGGAUAGUGGCAUCGUAAGGAGAAAGACAGAUUCAUCUUCUAGAAAGUUGUCAAGUGGUUCAAUUGGAUCUGACAGCAGAUCCUCUCGCAAGAACUCUGAGGAGUAUGCUUAUGUGCAGCAACCGACGAGCAUAAUUGAUAAGCUCUUAAAGAGCGAAGAAGCAGCAGCAAGUCCAAAGCCAGCAGGGAGCAUGUACGCAGAGGCAUACUCAGAAGUACCCAACUCACCUGCCAAGCCUGGUCAGAGAAUAUCCUCUUCUUCCAGGGAGUAUAGCUAUGUGGAUACCAGUAAGAUCAUACCUCCAGAGAAACCCAAACGUGGGGAGAGUGUGUCUGGUGGUAACGGAGAUGGAGCCUAUGACCUUGUAGGAAUUCCUAGUAAUGACAGUACCUUUGAUUCCUUCAUGGAUUCAGACAGCUUGUACUCACCGACAGGUGAAAGCUUAGAUAUGGAUGAUGACAUUCCAGUGGUACCAGCUAGGACAGCACAGUCAUAUCAAUUAGUAGAUGAGGAGGAAAAAGAAGAAAAGACCUCAGGUUCGGGUAAAAUGAACAAAAUGAAAGCCAGAUUUGCAAACUCAAGAGAUAUCAUUGGGGAAAACAAAGGCAAGAUAGUCAACAAUACCAAAGGACUCUUCAAAAGACUUGGAGGUGCUUUGAAGCCAGAGUUGAGCCAUACUGCUCCAUCCUCUGAAACAGAUACAGCAAAACCAUCAAAUAUCAAUGAUUUAUUAGAGAAAACACUGUUAGAUUACAAACCUGCAUAUAAAGAAGGCCCUGUAAGCUAUAAAGACCAAGAAAUUGGUUUCCCCAAAAGAAUAGGCAACCCAAAGCGCCCAAGAUCGCCACCAAGCAGCUGGGGAAUUACAAGUGCUCAUCAGGUCCGUUUAUGAGCUUCUUCAUCCCAUCGUUUGCUGUUUAAGCAUGGACUAUACUGGAACUUGGCACCCUCUGUACAAAGUCUAUGGGAAUCACUGAAUACACUAGUUAAUGAGUUAAAUUAAAAUGAUGUAAUAAUGGUGAAAUCUAGGAGAAUGUUUCAUGAAGGCUAUCCUCGAUGAUUUUUACUGACGAAUUUGAUUUCAACCAAUCAGAUGCAAGGAUGGGAUGUCACUGGAUAUCAUUGACAUAUUACUUCAAGAUGCACUUCUCAGAGGUUUUUCUGUGAUAUUGUUUUUGAAAAGUCACCUUGGUCAUUUAAGAACUAGUUUUAAAAAUUUCAACAGCAUACUUCAUCUUACAAACUACAAGGCUAUUGACAAAUAAAUACAUAAAUAAAUGAAUGAAUAAAGAAAUAAAAAAGUGAAUUAGGAAAUGAAAAAUAAAUGAAAGGAAAGUUAGAUAAAUGAAUAGAUUAGUAUGAAUAAAUUGAUAAAUGAACAAAUAUAUAAAUAAAUGAAUGAAUAAGUAGAUAAUGAAUAUAUGAAUAAGUUAAUACAUAAAUAACUUAAUAAUUAAUAAAUUCUAAAGUAAUGAUUGUAUCAAAUAUUACAUAGAUAUUUUUUUCAUAGUUUUUAUCUGCAUAGUAUCUGCGUAGCAGUGCACAUUUUAUUAUGAAAUACAGUGGGUUUGGGGGAAAAUAUAGUUUUGGGAUGACAAAAUACAAGUUUAAUUCCCAGAGGUUGGCCUGAAAAUGAUAUUAAGAAAAACACAAAAACUAAUGAUAAGUAGGUACACAAAGAACAGGAGAGACUUAACUUUUGACUCAUUAAAUUACCAAUUCAGAUUAUAUGUAGUUAUUUCAUUUUUCAGUAAUUCAUGAUUUUAUUUAUUCCUUGUCUGAUUUUAUUCUAAUAGUUGCUUUCCUGAUUUUCUUUUUUUUUUAAUGUCACAUUUUUUUUUUCCCAUUAGCUAGGUUGGAAUACCUGUUAAAAAUGAUAGAGAGUUUUUGAAUAUUUUGUGUUUUAGCAAGAUCUAAUUUCAAUGACCAAAAGCCAUUUCCUAUUAAUCAGGUAGACCAAUGUUCAUCUUUCGCUUUUGAAUCUUAAUUUUCACUAUUAAUUAAAACUUGAAAAUGCUGUUUUAUUAUUUUCAGAAAAACACAUACUUUGAUUUAGGGUCCUAUUAAUAUCUGUAAUGUGUUGUCAGCUGAAGUGUUUUUAUAUUGUAACUCUAUACAGGCUAUGUAAACAAAAAUCAUACUUACUAGGGAUAUAAUUUUCAAUUUAAUUUCUUCUUAACAAGUUAUCUUCCAAGCUAUGAAAUCAUGUAAAAACCUUGAAUCAUAUUUUCUUCCUUUUUUUGUAGAAAAUGUUGAUAUUCUUCUAGAAUCAUUUUUUUUUUGUUCUAUAUUUUUUUUGGGGGGUUCAUUUUUAUUAGAAAUAAUAUUCCACUUUUCUCGAGACAUUUUUGCAUACUAUAUACUCUCUUCUUCUUUCGCAUCAGGAUCAGUUUUAAGGGUGGCAAAAGAACAAUAGAAAAUAUACAAAUGUUAAAAAUAUGGCAAAACUAAAUAUGUAUACGUGUAUAUAUCUCCAUCUUGAAUUCAAAGUACAUGUACAAGACACCAUGAACAUUGUCUUUAGAACCACUAUUCAUGUUUGGUAAACUUUUGCCUCCACCUUUCUAACAACUGCAUCAUUACAAAUCAAGUGUCAAAACCAUUAAUCUGAAUGUAAUGGGACCUUUAUUAAUCUCUUGAAUAUUUCUUCAUAUUACAAAAGACAGAACUAAUAAAAGAAAUGAAUAAUUGAUUUUGUCAAAUAACCCGGUUAGAUUACAAGAUAUAGUUGUACAUUUUGUUUCUGAGAAAAAGUAGAUCUUAAAAAUUGAUGAUCACGCUGUAAGUUCCAAUAUGAAUUCCAUGAAAAUGACUUUGUGUAUAUGAACAAAUUUCAGAGCCAAAGUUUUGAUAUUUGACAGAUAUGUAUUAUUUUGUGAAAUUUCUUAUGAACUAAUCUGAUAUAGUAACCAAAAAUGGGAUCAUUAUCUGCUGUCUCCUUGGUUAGAUCCGAUUUGCAGUAGAGUAACUGUAACUUCAAUAAUGUCACAAUUAUCUUCAUAAAUUAUUGAUGAAUGCCUUUAUAUUUUACUCUUUCAGUUAUUCUCAUAUAAAUAUGCUUAUGACUAUGUUAUUUAUGGUGCUGAAUCCAAUAAAAUAUGUUAAAGACAUUUUGAUAUAAGUGCUUUCAAAUUUGUAUAUUAGAAUUAGAGUAAAUUUAUUGUUAUUUUCUGUGAUUUGAUGUUGGGUGAAUUUACCCAUAUAUCACUUCUGUGCUAUCUUUCUUUCCCUGAUUCUACUCCUAUCAUAAUGAUAUGAGUAUAUAUAUGUAUUAGUGACUUGUUUGUUAUAUUAUUCUAAAUAUGUGGUGGCUGUGCCGCUCCAAUGUUUUAUAUUUCACAAUAUAUUUGAAUAACAUUGCUGGUCAAGUCAUUUUUUCGUAUGAAAUUACUAUUUGUAUGUUUGUAUUUAAGUACAUGUAUGUAAAGUUGUAUGUUUUUUUAUAGAAUAUUUGUAAUGAUAUUUUUGUAGAGUUACUUACUAGUAAUUCAUAUACUGAUUCUACUAUAUUCCCUACUCUAAACCAGUGUUUUAUAUUUUGGGUAAGGAAAGUGAUAUGCAUGGAUUGCUAGUGUCUAUGUCACUGGUUUUCCUGAAACUCUUCAGAAAAGAAUUAGAUGGACAGAAAAUAAUAUUGACUUCCUGUUAUGAUUGUUAUAUCUGUCUCAUGCUUCAGAAGAGAAUACAAAAGGGCUCACAGCAAUUUACCUUCAAGCUGUGUGAAAAUAGCCCUUGUAUGGUGUAAAAGAUGCCCCCUGAAUCACUCUCGAUUCAAAAUGCAAAUGGGAAGAGAUUAAAAAGGAAAAGAAAAAAAACAUGUAACAGAAAUGUCUUAUUUAUUCCUCUUGUCUGUAUCUUCUUCAUAGCUAUUAUUGUUGCAGUGACUCUUCACCCUCUACUUCACAUGUGAUGGUAUGUUCAAAAUCUUUCACAUCAAUAAUUUAUAUUUUGCUUUAAUUUGAAGUUUACAUGUUUUUAUCAUUUCUUUUCACAGAUAUUCAUGUUCUUAAAUCAAAAUUACAGUAUAUGCGAUUUUUUUCCCCUGUGUUUGCUAUGAAAUAGCACAAACACUGCUUUUGUGUGUAGAUCAUACAAUUUCCCUUAGACUUUGGGGUCAUUUCAACUCAGUCACUUGGUAGGACUACAUCUCAAUAACAUUUGCUUGAUAUUGAAAAGUAAAGGUGAGUGGGAUAUAAUGUACCUUACAACUCAUAAUAUAAAUAGCAAUUAUUUAUGUGUUCCUAUUUAAACCUGUCUGAAUUUUUCUUAAAAGGUAGAUUGUCUUCUAGUAAUACCCAAAUCAUGCUGCUCAUUUUAUACUUUACAUUAUACCAUGGAGCUAGCUCCAUGAUUAUACCUAGUUUUACUGUUUUCAUCCUAUAAUGUAGCAUUAAUAGAAAUGUUUGAUUUUAUAUGUACUUAAAAGAUGAUAAGGAGUUUGUAUACAUAAUGGGAUAUAUUAUGAAUGGAAAAGUAUACUAUGUGAUAAACACUUUAUAUCUUAGAGGGAUAAAAAGAAAAUGCCAUAUGAUUUGUAUAUUCUUGUGAAUGCGGAAUUGAACAUUGAGCAAUGUAUGUGAAUGAACAAGAUUUCUAUUUGAAAAUGUUCACUUCAUUGUCUAUAAUGCAAUAUAUCAAAUAGAAUUGGGGCAGAUAAUGAUGUUGAGAUAUUCCUUAAAAGAUAUAUCAUGUACAUGCUUUUGUGAAUAAAUAAAGGAUAUAAAAAAGGA